AUGACCAACAUGCGCGGUGCCGAGGCCGAAGUCCGUGAACUCAGAGAAAAGGAGGACAAGCUCAGUCGAGAGCUUGCCGCUAUUCGCAGUCGGACGGCCCUUGUCAAUGACACAUACAACCAGGAAGCCCGACGCUUGAACAGUUUAGACACUCAGCAUAGCGUUCAGAAGCAAGGCCUGGUCGAGAAGCACGAAAAGAUCAAAGUCCAAGUGAACGACUGGUCUCUGCGAUGCAGAACUCGAGACGUUGUCCACGAACGGGGACUGACAUUGCCGGAGCUCAUUGACAAGAGACCCGCAGAGAGACAGCUCAAACUGCCGCCGCUGGCGAAUUUGCACCUUCCUAGGGAGGCUCCCAACAAUGACGAUAUACUAGUUGCCAUUAUCGACUCCAAUCACACUAUACUAGACAAGCUUCAACAUCUUGGGUUUUCCAACGAACGCACCACAACAAUAUCCUCUCGUGCCGUCCUUCAGCCUAUCAAGCUGCGCAAUGCCCGCCGGUUCUUCGAAGACACGAGGACAAGUAUCUACAGCUUUGCAGACGGCAAAGGCACUGGCUGGAUAGCAUGUAUGAUACAGGCGACCGGCAUCCUCCAGAAGAAAAGGUGCCACGGCUGCAGCAGCAACGAGAGUCCUUUUGAGGGCUGUAUUGCCGUUGGUGGCCAUCUCUUCUCUAAGUGCGGGAACUGCGAGUGGAAUGGAACAAGCUGCCAGGGGUUAAAUCCGUCAACGUCGACCAACAUGCUUGCUCACAUGCGUCCCGCUUUGGAACCUCCGCGCAGCUGUUCGCAACUAUCAACACCAGGGCUCAUCUUAGACCCCUCCCUCAACUUGCCCGCUGAGCUAGAAGCUCUGGCAGCGGCUGCACCACAGGCGACUGUCAAAGCUUAUUCAUCGCACUACAGUCCGCCACAAGUACAUAUUUCUGGGUUUAAAGCCGCGAAUCAGACUGCCAAGUACGAACAGGCUCCUCCAGUACCCAGAGCUGUCCCAUCUCUAAUAGCUUCCAGCCGCACCAGUUACCGGAGGAGCCCCAAGGCCCCGAACGCGGACUGCUCGGUUCCGCGGCCAAUGGCGCCGAUAUGCUUUCGCCAAAUGGAUUUUGCGGCACCAAAUUCAAAUGACAUUACGAAAGAGACGCUCGUCUUACGGCACAACGGUAUUAUCUAUACGCAUCCCGACUGCAUCGCAGGUGUGCCUUUAGAGAAGAUCACGCCCAGCCAUCCAUAUUGGGAGACCAAGUGGCCAAAGCUGCGAAGCCUGACGGAGCCAAUCCUACGCUUGUGGGAGGAAAAGCUUCAGUCGGAGGAGGCGGCCAGCAGAGUCCAGAAAGUUGGUAGCGUCAAGUACCAAUACGGACGCCAGGUCAACCGAGGCAACACGAUCCUCAGAUUUUUAGAGCAAGGACCGAUUAGCCCGUACCAACUUCUCGCUAAGAAAUACGUGAGCGUGGGCAAAGGCAGUAUAACUUCUUACGACACGCUGUUCCGCCUUUGCGAGACAAUUGAAGCGCUAUCUAACUAUAAGACAGACGUUGAGCCCGUCGACUGGAUGCGCCAGCAUCUGCACGAGCUGAUUACGGCGCAGGGCUCUGGCUUCAACUUUCCAAAGACCAUUCAUGACUUUUACAAUGAUCCUAAGCUGGCAGCACUGCGCCAGAAGUCGGGCUUCAAGAGCAUUGGGCGACCUUCGGGCAUCAAGAUGCCUCUGCGAAGGGCCGAGAGCGUGGAUGAUGAUGUGCCUUUGACAUCGAGCCAGCGCAAACGCAAGAGCCAUCCAUCGUACGGCACGCCAAGUCCGCGGACCGAGCCACCCAAUGCUGAGCCCUUGAAGGUCGAUCCCGUUGACGUCAACCAAGGCCCGGUGGGAAAGAAGCAAAAGGCGGCGGCCAAGGUGCUGGACAGCCUGGAGACGGGAGAGGUGUCGGAUGCGGACUCGGUGAGCGGGUCGGCGAUUAGUGAGUUCGAUUUUCGAAUCUGCCAGAUCAAGACGCGGCUGUUUACGAGUUCGGAGAAGGUGACGCAGUACUGGAGCUGGGUGCCAGAGAAAAGUAUGUUUGAGCACCAGAUCCUGGAUGACAGGAGCCCGGCAGGCUGGAGCAUGCAACGGGGCCCUAUUGAAUUCAGCCUGCGUCUGGGGGACGUGGUGAAGAUUUCGUGGAACCUGAAGGCGUUGCGGGUGUACUUGGUGAUGAGCGACAGACAUAUCUGCUUUGAGGACGAUAAGCUGAGGGGGGACAUAAUCGUGACGUUUAGGCGGCCGAAUACGAUGAGGAGGUUCAUUCAGUUUUGCCGACGCCGGGAGAUUGAGCUGGUGGAGGAGACAUGGAAGAAGAUAGAGCAUCUGUGGGGGACGAUGCACUCGCAGUGA